UACCCUUCAAGUACGACCUCGAACUGACCUGGCAAGAACAUUCCACUCGGUCGGCACUCGAAAUAACAUAGAAUACCGACCAGCAUCUUACCAGAAUGGCCACCCCAUCAAACACAGCGCUCGUUGUCCGCGUGACAGAUGGCCAACCACCCAAGCUGUCCAAAGAAGAGAUCUCCCUGCCAUCUCCAGCCUCGAAUCAAGUGCUAGUCAAGCUGUCGCAUGCUGCACAAAACCCGACCGACGUGCAAUCCUUCGAUAGUAACGCGUUUGGCGACGGCGCAGUUCUCGGAUGCGACUUUGUCGGCGAGGUCAUUGAGCUAGGCAGUCAGGUUACCAGACUCGCCAAAGGUGAUAUCAUUGCUGGCUUAGUCUGGGGAGGAGAGAUCAAAGGUCUAGGCGCAUACAGCCAAUACUGCCUCGCGGACGAGCGUAUCUCAUUCAAAUUACCUACCAACAGCAAUGUCUCGCGCGCAGAAGCGAGCACCAUCCCCCUAGCCGCAGCCACAGCAUGGCUAGCUCUAUUCUCCAAAAGCUGUCUUGCACUCAAUCGUAACCCAGCCAAGGGUACCAGGAUCCUGGUAUGGGGUGGUAGCUCAAGCGUCGGCCUAUACACCAUCCAACUCGCCUCUCUCUGCGGCUUCGAAGUAGUGACAACAUGCAGCCCCAAGCACUUCAACCUGGUCUGCGCGUCUGGCGCCAAGUACGCAUUUGACUACAAAGAUAAGGACGUUGCUGAACAGAUCCGGGGACUGGCGCCGGGUCUACGCCAUGUCUUUGAUACCAUCGGCAACGCGACUUCCUCCGCUACAGCUUCACGCGCGCUUCAUCCCGGACUUGGGAAUCUCUGCACAGUGCGUCCCGGAAAGGCUAAUACGAAGAAUGUUGUCCCAGGAACGCGCGUCACGGAUGUGUUGGUUUGGACGGCGUUCCUCAAAGAUCACAGCUAUGGAGAGUUCAAGUGGCCCGCGUCGAAAGAUGACCACGAGCUUACUAGCGAAUUGUUUGAGAAGUUGCCUGGCUGGUUGGAGAAAGGCACACUGAAGCCUAAUACGCCGAAAUUGCUCAAGGGGCUAGACGCGGUGGCGGACGGAUUCCAGGAGCACAGAGAUGGGAAGAUCUCGGCGUACAAGAUAGUUUACGAGCUUUGAGUCUACCAUGAGCUAUGAUACUGACGAUGCGACUAUGAUGGUUUCAUUAUGAUAGCAUGAUACAGAGUGGUU